AAUUCUUUUUUGAUUGGAAACUUCCCACAAAACCUUUUCCCACAAGAUCCCCACCACACUUGUUUGUGUCUUUCUUUAAAGCCAAAACAUGUUCUUUGUUUUGUGCCAUAACACAACUACCUUUUAUUGAACCACCUUCUCUCUAACAAUUUCUCUCCUUAAACUUUCAUCUCAUAAUUCUUCAAAUUCUUAUCAUUUUUUUCAUUGAUAUGGGGGCUGGUAUUUCUACAAUUAAUGAAGAUCAUGAUGGAUAUUUUUCUUCUUCCAAGACUUGUCUUGAUGAUAUUCCAGAAAGUUGCAUCUCUUCCAUUAUGAUGAAGAUGGAUCCUCAAGAGAUUUGUAAAUUGGCUAGAGUUAAUAAAACUUUUCAUAGAGCUUCCUCUGAUGAUUAUGUUUGGGAAUCUAAGUUGCCACAAAGCUAUAAGUUUCUUGUCAACAAAAUUAUUGGGGAAGAAAAAGUUUGUUCCAUGACCAAGAAAAAGAUCUAUGCUAAACUAUCUCAACCCAAUUUAUUUGAUGAGGGCACAAAAGAAGUUUGGUUGGAUAGAUGUAGUGGACAAGUUUGUUUGUUGAUUUCAUCAAAAUCUUUGAAGAUAACUGGGAUUGAUGAUAGAAGAUAUUGGAAUUAUAUUCCAACUGAGGAAUCAAGGUUUAAAAGUGUGGCAUAUCUUCAACAAAUGUGGUGGGUGGAAGCAUCAGGAGAACUAGAAUUUGAGUUUCCAAAAGGGGAUUAUAGUUUAUUUUUCAAACUUCAAUUGGGAAAGCCCAUAAAGAGAUUGGGCCGAAGAGUAUGCAAUCUUGAACAAGUACAUGGUUGGAACACAAAGCCCAUUAGGUUUCAACUAUCGACAUCCGACGGUCAGAAUUCGCUCUCGCAGUGUUAUUUGAAUGGGCCUGGAGAAUGGGCCUAUUACCAUGCUGGAGACUUUGUCAUUGAGAAGCCCAAUGGGCCCAUUAAUAUUAAAUUUUCUUUGGCCCAAAUUGAUUGCACACACACCAAAGGUGGUCUUUGCAUAGAUGGGGCAGUGAUUUGUCCUAAGGAGCUAGCACAUAAGUUGAAACAAUUUUAGCUUAUUCAUACUCAAUAGUAUUUUUUUUUUAAUCAA